GAUAGAAACUAUUAAGAACUUUCCCGAACCUGAUUCCUUAAAGAAACUUAGACGUUUUCUCGGGAUGUUCAACUUCUACCGACGUUUUAUUCCAUCAUGUGCCUCCAUAGUUCAGCCACUGACCGACCUACUUAGAUGCAAUUCGAAGAAAUUUCAGUGGUCUGAAGAAGCAAAAGCAGCAUUUAAUAAUGCAAAAGAUGCCUUAUCCAACGUUGUAAUGUUAUCUCAUAUCAACCCAGAAGCUUCACUCAUUUUAUGUACAGAUGCAUCGCAGGUAGCAGUGGGAGCAGUUUUACAACAAAAGUUCAAUAAUGACAUCACUCCACUUGCUUUCUUCUCCAAAAAGUUGGAACCUGCGCAAACUCGUUACAGUACCUUUGGCAGAGAACUGUUAGCCAUCUACCUAGCAGUGAAACAUUUCAGCUUCUUACUACAAGGUCGACAUUUUACUAUCUUAACCGACCAUAAGCCUCUUUGUUAUGCUUUCACCACUUCGUUGGACAGACACUCUCCGAGAGAAGCCAGACAACUGGAUUACAUCUCACAAUUCUCAACAGACAUCCAGUUCAUCAAAGGAGAUUCCAAUAUCGUAGCCGAUUCUUUGUCUCGAUGUGACGUUAAUCACCUAUCUUCGAUAGAUAUUAGCUUAGACAAUAUUGCCAAGCUGCAGAAAAAUGACGCCGAACUCCAUACUUGUAGACGAAACUCCUCCCUACAGUUGCAGGAUGUACCUAUUCCCCUGUCUGAUACAACUAUCGUCUGCGACGUUUCAACGGGAGUUCAUAGACCUUUUGUUCCACUAAGUUGUCGAAAAACUUUGUUUGAACAUCUACAUUCAUUGUCUCAUCCUGGAGUGCGUGCUACAGUCAAGUUGAUCAGCGAGCGUUUUGUUUGGCCCAAGAUGAACUCCGAUAUUCGGAAAUGGGCCCGCCAAUGCUUGCAAUGUCAAAGAUCCAAGGUACAUCAUCACACCGUCACACCUCCAAAACAGUUCAAUUUACCCGAUAAACGAUUUCAACACGUUCAUAUAGAUGUUGUUGGACCAUUACCGCCAUCCAGAGGAUUUACUCAUAUACUUACUGCGAUUGAUCGAUUUACCCGAUGGGCUAUUGCUUGUCCACUCAACGAUAUAUCUGCAGAAAAUAUCGCUUUGGUUUUCUUAGAUCGCUGGGUGUCAAACUAUGGAGUACCCACAACUAUUACAACAGACCGAGGAGCUCAAUUUCAAUCAACUCUGUUUCGAGAGUUUACGAGACUCCUUGGAGUGAACCAUAUCUCCACUACAGCUUAUCAUCCUGCAGCGAAUGGUCUGGUGGAACGUUUCCAUCGACAACUGAAAAGCUCGCUUAUGGCACAAGCUGACUCAUCUAAGUGGAGUGAACACCUACCAUUAGUUCUUCUCAGUAUCCGAUCAACUGUAAAAGAAGAUUUGGGAUGUACACCAGCUCAACUUGUGUAUGGUACUACCCUCACAUUGCCUGGUCAGUUAGUUCCGUCUAAUGAUUCAACUGAAGUAAAUAUCUCCGACUUCACCAACCGCCUUACCCAGCAUAUGCUUCAGCUUAGACCAGUAGCCCCUCGCCAAUCACUUCAGAAAGCUCAAGUAAAUAAGAACCUACUCACUAGCAAAUUUGUAUUUGUUCGCGUCGAUGCCAUUAGAAAAGGUCUACAACAUCCAUAUGAAGGUCCUUUUCUAGUACUUAAACGCACCGAAAAAUACUUCACGCUGAACAAACAUGGUAAACCGGAGACUGUUUCUAUCGACCGUCUUAAACCAGCGUACACCGACAGCGAACAUGAAACACUAGCAACGCCGACACCAAUAAACAAUCAGCAAGUCAAUGCAACUCCAACUCUCCCGCUCUUCACUCUUCCCCCUGUACAGACACGCAGUGGGCGGCAGAUCUGUAAACCUGCCCGCUAUGUUCAUUUCAUUGACUGACAUAAACGUUAACCUCAUUUAGACAUACUUCUCAUUACUAUUGUUGUUAACAUUCACUUCAUUAUAACCAUUAAUAUUUAUUAGUAUUAUUAUUUGCUGUUCGUCAACUGUACUGCAAGCACACGCAUUCACCAAGUAUAUGUAUAUAUCUAUUUAUAUAUGAAUUUCACAAAUGUUAACGAACAUGUCAUGGUUUAUUAUGUACAUAAAUUUUUAUUUAAAAUUAUAACAAGUUUUGAUUUUUUUUUAAAUUCCUGUAUGUGCUUGUAUGUGCUAAACUUUAUACGACACGGAUGCAUGCUAUACAUCCUGAUCUAACUUUGUAUCCUUAUUGUUGUUAUUUUUUGUUAUCCAUAUUGUUGACAUUAUCCCUUAUUUAUGUUGCUUAUAUUCAUGUAAUCGUCCACGAGGGCAGUACUGAUGGUCCUCCGGACCUCUAAGAGGGGGAGCCCUGUGGAGUCCUCAAAAAUCAACUUAUCCAAAUUUUACUACUAUGUAAAUAAUGAACAUAUUGUACACCACUUUGUUUUAACCAGAAACUCUGUACUUUGACUUUACCUCGGGUUUUGAAUAAAUAUAUAGUUGUGCCUUCGACUCUCCGUCUUCUCCACCAUCUCAACUGCCGUCGAUCAAUCCUAAUCACCUGCUUUCUAUCUCUGAUUUUUGCAGGAGCACCGUAGUUUCUUCCUACGUACUUUGGUCGACCUCCGGCAACGUUAACAUUGGAGAAUUACUACUGGAGCAGUCUUUCCGCAGCACCUGGAGUCUAUUACGUUUAUUGUGGACUGUGGACCUUUGUAAACUCAAGUAAUCAAACUUUAAUACAUUCUUCCCGUAACUAAACUCAUUUGGUAUUUUAUUUUCUACUUGAAUUUGGGUAACUAAGCUAAUAGAGUGAAAAGGUCCACCACACACU